AUGUCGUCAUGGCUCAGCUGGGUCGGUGGCAAGCGCGAUAACAAGUCGAAUGCGCGCGAUGCUAUUAUCGGGCUGCGUGAGCAGCUGCAUCUCAUCACGAAGAAGGAGGAGUACCUGCAGACGAAAGUCGACGACGAGCUGCGCAAGGCGCGGGAGCAGGUGACGACGAACAAGCGAGGUGCGUGCGGGGCGCUAACGGCAGCGGCGCAGGCGGCCCUGCGGCAGAAAAAAAUGUACGAGACGGAGCUCGACCGGCUCGCGGGCAGCCGCAUGACACUCGAGACGCAGGUGAAUGCGAUCGAAAACGCCAACAUGAACCUCGAGACGAUGCGGGCGAUGCAGCGCGGCUCCGCUGCGCUCAAGCAGAUCCACGCCAGCAUGGACAUCGACAAAGUGGACAAUACCAUGGAUUCGAUCCGCGAGCAGAUGUCCCUCUCGAACGAGAUCUCCGAGGCGAUCUCGAACCCCGUCGGCGUCGGCACGGAGCUCGACGAGGACGAGCUGCGCGCCGAGCUCCAGGAGCUCGAGCAGGACGAGCUCCAUUCGCGGCUCGUCGGCGCGGACGCGGCGCCCGCGCACCGCAUCGCGUCGCCCGCGCCGCUGCCCUCGUCUACAGCCGCCGUGCCGUCGCGCCCCGUCGAGACCGACGAGGAGGCCGAGCUGCGCGCGCUCCAGGCGGAACUAGCUAUGUAG